AUGGCUGAAGAAGACAAGCAGUCUUACUUAGAUGGAAGCAAUUUGUUCAGGUUUGAAUUCAUGAGAAGUAGUGUACAAUGGGGAGUUGCAUUAGGAGCGCUGAUGGCUUGCCACACGUUUUCUAGGUCAAGAAGGUGGGGAGAAAGCAUUUUUUCUGGGUAUAUGUGAGGAUCGACGCUGGGGAUUUUGAUAUUUGGGUGGAAUUAUUUUAAAUUUACACAAACGCAGAGCAUGUUGAGGCUCCAGACCUAUGAAAGGCAAGAAACGAAUUCGAGGCAGGAAUAUGCGAAAAGAUAUUUUAGAGAAAAAUUCCAUUUAGAAGAGCUUGAUGAUGAAAAGCUAGAUAUUGUGAUUGAAAAGAUGGAAGGGGCGUGGCAAAGAAUAGAGGCAGAGCUUAUGGCUCCAGAUGAAGAAAGUCAGUAA